GCCCGGCCCUCCUCACGCGGCCGGCACACAGUAGGCGCGCGCGCGGGCGGAAGGGGGCGCCGGCGCGCGGUAUCCGGGGGCGGGGCCGGCUGGUUCAGCGGCGCAGACGGACGCGGGCCGCUGGCCGCGAUGGGGGAGGGCGGAUUGCCCCCGGCCUUCCAGCUGCUGUUGCGCGCCUGCGAUCAGGGCGACACGGAGACGGCGCGGCGGCUGCUGGAGCCGGGGACUGCGGAACCGGCGGAGCGCGGCGCGGAGCCCGAGGCGGGCGCGGAGCCGGCGGGGCCCGAGGCGUCCGGGCCCGGGGCGGGGUCGGCGGCCGGAGCGCCGGUGCCCGUAGAUUGCUCUGACGAGGCGGGCAACACGGCGCUGCAGUUCGCCGCGGCCGGGGGCCAUGAGCAGCUGGUGCGGUUCCUGCUGCGACGCGGCGCCUCGGUCAACAGCCGCAACCACUACGGCUGGAGCGCGCUCAUGCAGGCGGCCAGAUUUGGACAUGUGAGCGUGGCACACCUCCUUUUGGAUCACGGGGCUGAUGUCAAUGCCCAGAACCGGCUGGGGGCCAGUGUGCUCACCGUGGCCUCUCGGGGUGGCCACCUGGGCGUGGUGAAGCUGCUCCUGGAAGCCGGUGCCUUUGUGGACCAUCACAAACCCUCAGGCGAGCAGGCGGGGGACGGCAGGGACGAGCUCCUGGACGUCACGGCCCUGAUGGCCGCAAUCCAGCACGGACAUGAGGCUGUGGUACGUCUGCUGAUGGAGUGGGGUGCAGACCCCAACCACGCGGCCCGCACUGUGGGCUGGAGCCCGCUGAUGCUGUCAGCACUCCUCGGGAGGCUUGGCACGGCCCAGCAGCUGGUGGAGAAGGGGGCCAACCCGGACCACCUCAGCGUGCUGGAGAAGACCGCCUUCGAGGUCGCACUUGACCGCAAGUACAGGGACCUUGCAGACUACCUGGACCCGCUGACCACUGUCAGACCCAAGACAGAUGAGGAGAAAAGGCGACCUGAUAUUUUCCAUGCAUUGAAAAUGGGAAACUUCCAGCUGGUCAAAGAGAUUGCCGAUGAAGACCCCAACCACGUGAACCUGGUUAAUGGGGAUGGGGCGACCCCACUGAUGCUGGCAGCUGUCAUGGGGCAGCUGCCUCUGGUGCAGCUACUGGUUGAGAGGCAUGCUGACGUGGACAAGCAGGACGGCGUGCAUGGCUGGACGGCCCUCAUGCAGGCCACCUACCACGGGAACAAGGAGAUUGUCAAAUACCUGCUAAACCAAGGAGCCGAUGUCACUCUUCGUGCAAAAAACGGGUACACGGCCUUUGACCUAGUGAUGCUGCUGAGUGAUCCUGACACGGAACUUGUUCGACUGCUGGCAUCUGUCUGCAUGCAGGUGAAUAAAGACAAAGGCCGGCCCAGCCACUCACCACCCCCGCCCCACUCGAAGGUCCGACAGCCCUGGAGUGUCCCAGUGCUGCCUGAUGACAAAGGCGGACUUAAGUCCUGGUGGAACCGAAUGUCCAAUCGGUUCCGGAAGCUCAAACUGAUGCAGACACUGCCCCGUGGGCUGUCCAGCAACCAGCCAUUGCCUUUCUGUGAUGAGCCAGAGCCAGCACUGGACUCCACAAUGAGGGCGCCCCCCCCAGACAAGACGAGCCGCUCUGGGCUCCCCGACGUGACCCCCACGACCAAAGACAAUGGUCCUGGGAGCACAAGAGGAGAAAAGGAAGAUGUGUUAUUGACAACCAUGCUUCGGAAUGGAGCCCCCUUCACCAGACUCCCAAGCGACAAGCUGAAGGCAGUCAUCCCCCCUUUCUUACCCCCUUCCAGCUUUGAGCUGUGGAGCUCCGAUCGGUCCCGGACAUGUCACAACGGGAAGGCAGACCCCAUGAAGACUGUGCGGCCCCAGAGAGCCAGCAGGGGGCAACCUGUGGGCGGCGGGAGCACAGACACCACUCCCGUCAGGCCAGUUAAAUUUCCAUCUCUCUCCAGAAGCCCAGCCUCUCCUGCCAAUUCUGGAAACUUCAACCACUCACCUCAUUCUUCUGGUGGCUCCAGUGGGGUAGGAGGCAUGAGCAGGCACGGUGGGGAGCUACACAACCGCUCAGGUGGCAGCAUAGACAGUGUUCUGUCCCAGAUCGCUGCCCAGAGGAAAAAAGCAGCCGGAUUAUCUGAGCAGAAGCCCAGCCAUCGGUCAAGUCCUGUUGGGCCAGCGCCUGGCUCCAGCCCGUCUGAGCUCCUGGUCUCCUCUGCAGGCGGCAGUGUUCCUGGUGGCAAGCAGAAACUGGAGACGAGCAAAAGGCCUCCGUCUGGAACUUCCACUACCUCCAAAAGCACCUCCCCCACGCUCACGCCUUCACCUUCUCCCAAAGCGCAGGCAGCCGAGUCCUCCGUGUCCUCCUCCUCAUCCCACCGGCAGUCCAAGAGCAGCGGGGGCUCCAGCAGUGGCACCAUCACUGAUGAGGAUGAACUGACUGGAAUCCUUAAGAAAUUAUCACUUGAGAAAUAUCAGCCCAUUUUUGAGGAGCAAGAGGUGGAUAUGGAAGCGUUCCUCACGCUCACCGAUGGCGACCUGAAGGAGCUGGGGAUUAAGACAGACGGGUCCAGGCAGCAGAUUUUGGCAGCGAUUUCUGAACUGAACGCAGGCAAGGGACGCGAGAGACAAAUUUUACAGGAAACCAUUCACAACUUCCACUCUUCCUUCGAGAGCAGCGCCAGCAACACCAGGGCCCCUGGAAACAAUCCCUGUACGUGACCUUCCUUCCUGUGGUGACCAGCGUGAGCUUGCUGAAUCUCAGUACCCCCUUCACGUGGCCGGUGCUCCAGCCACCAUCAGACCUUCCCCAUUCCCUGAAACACACUAUGUUUUUGUCA